AUGCCCGCCGAACGGUGGCCUUUACUUUGUAGUGCCGUCAGCAGCAGUACGAGUGGCAGCACGAGCACGAUAAGCGCAGCGCACCUCGAGAUCGCCGCGGCGCGGCCGCCAUUCGAUGCCAAUUUGCAGCGGAUACUGGACACCUCGUCACUCGGCGAAUUCUGCAGCGCGGGGGAACCAAAUCCGGUCCGCGGAAGUUUUCCCCCCUUUUACCCCGCACAGCGCCGCCUACCCGCGCGCUCGCUGCGCGGAGACCCGCCUGGCGGGUCCGCGGGGCCCCUCCCCAUUGCACCGGCUCCGAAUGUGUGGGGCGCCGCGAGCGCGCAUCGCCUUCCCACUGCGGGCUUUCUUCCCGUCGUUCCCGAGGCCCUGGCGGCCGUUACGGGCGGCUCGAGCCCCGUGCACGGCCUCGUGUCGUUGCCGGAGCGCCUUCACGGCCUCUUCACCUCCACUGACUUUCUGCCUUCCGCCCAGUUACCCCCCAGCGCGCAUGACGCCGCCUCCCGUGCUGCCGCUCACCGACCCUUACCCGCGUCGUUGAUGCUGCCGCCACCGGAGCCACGAGCCGCCGGGACCGCCGGCAAGUCAGCUGCAGCCUCGGCGACAGCGCGUUGGGAGAGCGACUCGGCAGCCACGCUAGCAGCGCCGCUGACGACGUCGACGAGCGCGGCGCUGGAGGCGGGGUUUGCGACAUUUGCGGGCUCUGAUCGUCACGUCGACGACGGCGCCUCGAGGUGGCGGAGGCGACUGGAGCUGCGCUGCGAGCCCGUCGCCGCCGGCGGCGGCGGUGCACCGCACGCUGCGGAGGCAGGCGCAACGUGGGCCUUCCCCUCGGCGGAACAGCUGGUAGCAGCAGCGGAUGAGGCGGCGGGUGGGGGAGCGGGAGUAGCAGCGAAUGAAUCGAAGGGUAUCCCUGUGACAGUGACGGAGGGCCUGCCGCGGGCACUGGAGCUCGCAAGGCGGGGAAUGGAUAACGCGGAAGGGGACGGGGGUUUAGAGGGCGUGGGCGGAGGCGGGGGCAUAGAGGGCGUGGUUGAGACCUGGGGCACGUGGGACACGGCGUGCGGCGCGAUGGGAAUGGACGCGGGGUUGAGAAGCGCUGGCACCGGCUUGGGCGCGGCGGAUAUGAGCGCAGACAUGGGCAUGGGCGCGGGCGCGGGCGCGGACAUGGUUAUGGGCACGGGGAUGGGGAUGGACAUAGAGGCGGCGGUGGAAAUGGAGUUGCGAUGCGCCGAGGAGCUACUGAGACGCACCGCCAUGGUAGCCGAAGCCGAGGCGCCGGCCAUCGCGCCCGAGGGAGAGGCUGACGCGCCCGCCAUGGCUCCGCGCGAGGCCGAGGUAACGGCCAUGGCGGGAGAGGUCGAGGCGCGAACGGAUAGCACGCAGGAUAGCGGCAUGGCAGACCCGCCGUCGCACCCUCUCGCCCUCGCUGCAGCGCAAGCACCGCCCGUGUCUGGCGGUGACGCACCCUCUCCUGGUGCUGCCCCAGAAAUCGCGCGCUUAUCCCGCCGCAACACGUGGUCCGCAGCGCCGUUCCCGUCGUCGGCGGACGCGGCGCUGAUGCAGGCGAUGGAGCUGGAUCGCCUGGAGCACGACGCCGCCAUGGCGCGCCUCACCGCCAUGGCCGCAUCUCACAGCGCCAAUCCCGCUCUGCCUCCCGCCCCGCCGCUUGCUUCCACCCUCCUUUCCCCAACCGCCCCCCGUACCCGCCUUUCCGCGGCACCCACUUCCGCUGUGCGCGCUGCUGACGCCAUUAUGACAGCUGCGCCCGCCGCCGCCAUGCCCGCCGCCAUGGCCGACGGCGCUAUGGAUGCUCCGUUCCUGCCCGCCCUCGACUUCCCCUCGCGCCCCAAGCGCGCCAAGCCGCUCCACCCGCCCGUGCUGCCCGCAGAUAGCGCUCCCCCCGCCAGCCCAGCAGCCGUCUCAUUGGCUGAGGCCUUCCGCAUGGAGGCGCUCCGAGCAGGCUGGGGGGAGAAAGACGGGGAGGGGGAGGGGGAGAUGCGGGAUGGAGAGAUGCAGGAGAGUGGCGGGCAGGGCGUCGAGACAUGGCAGGGUGGUGAAGGAGGAGAGCCAGCAGGGGGAGAAAGCACGGCAUGUGGGGCCUCCAGCUGUCACACGAGCAAGCAGGGGGGCGUGUGUGAAGGGGACGGGGAAGCAGUGGACACGGAAUUGCCCGGAAGCUUGGAGGGCCAAGCGGACGGGGAUGGCGGGGCGGAAGAGCGGGGGAGGGAGGCGGUGAUGGAGGGACCCAGCAGCAGCGGAGCAGCGGGGCUGUGGAACCCAGCGAGGGCGGCUGGGGGGAACACUGCCAGUGGCGGGGGCGGAAAGCCAGCCCUGGUGACAGCAGCAGCAGGAGCAGCGUGUGCAGGGCGCGGUGGAGGAGCGAUCUUUGACCCCUGGGCGCCCACCCGCACCACCACACUCACUGUCGCCCACCUGCCAGGCAUUGCCCCAGCUGUGCAGGAGCUGCUGGCACGGCGGUUUGCAACGAAUCAAGAGCGCUCCGCCCCGCCUGCUGUUGCGCCCGAGGUGCAGCAGCUGUUUGCGCGCCGCCACACCGUGUCCGGCACCCCCUCAGUGCGCGACUUGAGCUUGCAGCCCAGCCUGCCCGGCCCCUUGCACCCGCUCCCCUUCACCCUCCCCACCAUCCACUCUCUUGAAGACCCUCUCCCACUCGUCCCUGGCUCCCUCGCCUCCUUAACCACGACUGCACCUGCAGCCGCUGCAGCAGCUGCUGCUGCUGCGCCGUCUGCUCGCACUCUCUUUCCCUCGGUGCACCCCUUCAGCAGCACCACCCUGGGAGGGCACCACGUGCCUUCCCUGCCCACCACUGUGCCAGCGCCCUUCCCAUCGCCUGCCACCUCAUCACCUGCCAUCCCGUUCCGCUUCCUCACGCCUCCCCUGACGCCCUCGUCACCUCCCCUCACCGUCACACCCAGAGGAGCCAUCAGCGCCGACCAGGAAAAUGCAAGGGAGGCUCUGGCUUUACCCGAUGGGGUGGGGCCGCCCUUGCCUCGCGGCUCGGAAAUGCUAGCGGGGCGCAUUCCACGUGUGCACGGGUGCAAUGAGUGCCUGCCGUUGCUCGUGCCCAGUUAUUUCAAGAGACGGGCAGCUGUGAAGAAGCACACUCCUAACAAGUCCACGUGA